AUGGACGACAAACGAUUUAACGCAGGUGUUGUGAAUCUUGGAUCAGCCUUCCCGAGUUUUGACCAGGCCCUGAGAGCCAUCCAGGAAAGUCAGGACUUCCCGGAAACGGUCCAGAUCAACAUAGUCGAGAAAUCACUCGAUGUCAAAAGUGCCAGCCUUCCUGUCUUAAGUGCAGAAGUAGCCAAUUUCCGCGAUGAAGAGGUCUGUGCUACCGUGGUGCUGGACUGCUGGGACGAUCACUGCCCAGACUCAUCAUUCAUCUUACGCGCCCUGCCACAGCCCAUCAUACGGGUGGGCCCUCCCGUCAACAAGAACCAAUACGAACUGAUCAACGUCCACACCCUGGACAUCGUCCCGUCAGCUAACCAGCUGGCCAUGGCCUUACAACAGACGAUAGAGAAGUUCGGUUGGCGUUCUCUAACCAUAUUCUACCAUAAGACCGGAGGUUACCACGAAGUGGCAGAAGAAGUGAUGUCGUUGAUGAGCCAGUCUGACACGUUCUACCGUAUGGCGGAGAUUGCCGAUUCGGAAGAAGACAGCGCCCAUCUUGAGCAACUGGAGGUCUUCCUCAGGAGCUCAAAGAAUCGCAAGGAAAAACAUUUCCUUCUUAUUGCAGAUUCCGAAACAACCAACAAAGUACUUCACCAGGCUCAUGGUCAUCUAAUGCUUGAUCCAAGGCAUCACUGGAUUCUUUCAAACCUGGAAGUGAGUGAACUCGAACUGUUUGAAUACAGGAAUACCGGAGUACAUCUGACGGUUUUCAAGCUGUGGACCCGGUGGCAUUUAAAUUUUAUGUUUGAGGAUGCCUUUCAAAGAACGAGGCAAGUCUACACUCUCCAAAACACCCUGGCCUUCGACGCGGCGUCUGUCGUAUCACACGCAGCACGGAUUUCUGCCGAACAGCAGGACGUUUGCCACGGAAUACGGACUGCAGUGCCAGAGGUUAGGUUCAACGGGAGUACAGGGGAGGUGGCCUUCGGUCCAGAGGGGACGCGGAUGGAUCUGUCUCUUGAGAUAAUGGAGCUAUCGUCAGAAGGACGGCCAGCACAUGUGGGGCAUUGGCAGGAAGGGGUUGGAGUCAGUCUUGAAGAAUGGGCUAAUUUCACACACGAACAGUCUGCCGAUCCUAUCUUAGGAGGACGACACUUAAAGCUCCUUGGAAGACUGAAAAAUCCAUGGCUGGUCAUGAAAGAAGGCGCUAGCUGCAAAUUCGGAGUGGUCUGUCCUAGAAAGAACUUCGCUGGCUUCUUCCCUGAUUUAAUGGACCACCUACAGAAACGUCUUGGCUUCACGUGGGAGAUGAACCUGACAAAACUGUCUAUCGGCGACAAGGUCAAAGGUGAAUGGGAUGGACUAACUGGUGCACUGAUCAAUAAGAAGGCUGACACGGUGCUCUACGGAGCCACCACACGUUCCAAACGUACUGAGGUUCUGGAGUACUCCUUCCCCGUCGCCCACCAAGGCUACUACAUCAUCAUCAAACGGGCCGACACCACGCUCAACAUCAUGGACGUCGCCGGGAUAUUUGAGUUUCUCGCCCCGUUUGACAACUUAGUUUGGGCUGCGAUUGGGGCAGCUGUCGUCGCAGUCAGCGUGUCACUAUUCUUUAUCAACAUACUGGACCCAUUUGAAUGGCGCGGGCUGGCACAGCGAGGUCUGGUGGAAGAGGAUGAAGGCAAGAACCUAAACCUGGUGCAAAGUCUGUGGUUCACCUAUGGCUGUCUGGUAGGGCAGGGAGGAGAAAACCUGCCGAAGUCCAUUGCUGGGCGGGUUGUUGCAGGAACCUGGUGGUUCUUCAUUCUGGUGACCGUAGCCUCGUACACAGCCAACCUGGCGGCCUUCCUCGGGAGGGCGAACAAAAUCUACGCCAUCCACACCCUGGAGCAACUCGUCGCUGAUCGCACCAUGGCCUAUGGAACCUACAAAAGUUACACGUUGUUAGACUUCGUGCAGAACACCACCCUUUCUCCCUACCGUGAAAUGGGGAAGUACAUAGAGGAUAACGCCGACACCGCCAUACUGGACACCAAGGAGGAGGGUCUGCGGCGGGCUGCCGAGGGGAACUAUGCCUUCAUCGCCGGCGCGAACUUCCGCUACCUGCUGCAGAACGAGUGGUGUAACCUCACCCUGGCCUCGGAGCCCUUCUUCAAGUCAAUGGAUAUCAAGCUCUAUUAG